CAGGGGAGUUUGAGUUUACACCGAGCCAGCCCUUUUGCCUUUACACUUCACAUUUUUCUUACUGUUUCUCUUCUAAUAUGGCUGGGCUUGUAGAAUACGCCAGUGAUGAAGAUGAAGAGGUCACAGAGGUCGCCCCAAAGCCACUGGCAGAUGUGAAAGCACCCGGGCCUAAAGCCUCCGCCCCAGAUCAACCACCUUCCUCUAGGCAGGCACAAGAAACCGCUGCAUCACAAGAGGCCGCUCCAGCACCAGUGUCCAAAUCAACAGAGAAACCCGCCAUCAUCGGACCCAUGCCGCAACAUUCCGGUCCGCUAGGCCCAUCAUUACCACCUGGGAAUGUACCCUACCUCCCUGAACCAGAAGAAGAACUCCCUUCGCGGCCCGAUGCCCCAUCAUCACCCUAUUCUGCCAACCGCGCUCUCCUACGGCACCUCACCCUUCCCACAUACCCCGACCUCGACAUCCCCCCCUCGCCCCCUGGCUCACCACCUCCAGGCUUAAACGAGAAAUUCGACAAAUUCCUCCAUCUCAAGAAGAAAGACGUGCACUUCAACAGCAAACUCGCCAAUUCCUCCGCCCUCCGGAACCCAUCCCUCAUGGACAAGCUCAUGGACUUUGUCGAACUGGGCUCGGAAGAGGGUAGCGGCGGGGAUGUCAAUUUCAGACGGCAGUAUGUUACUACGCUAUCACCUGACGUAUGGGACCCGACGGGCCCUGCGUUUCCUGACUGGGCCUUCAGAGGUCCCCUCAAGAAAAACCAAGAGAAGAUCCGCCAGGAACGGAUGGCGGAGAAAACAGGCGGGAAGCGGAGUGGGAUUGACUUUGUGCCGCCUGUUACUGCAUCGUCGGGAAGCGGCAGAAUCUCUGAGGUAGGAGGGCUGUCUCGUGGCAGUAAGAGGAAGGCCAGUGGACAGUGAACAACAAGAAGAAGAAAAACUACCAAGGACGCCCAGUUCAAGAUGGACGGCUGGUAAGGGGGUGGUCUCUUUAUAAUGCGCUGGCGCAUGGUGACCUUGCUGUUCUUUUCUUUUCAUUUUUGUUUUUUUUUCAUCUUGGUGGCAGGUAAUUCGGUCAAUCAUCACAGGACACAGAGAUGAACCUCUGGGGGUGCGCCUGGCGCUUGCCUGUUUACUUAUUACAAAGUCCUAUUCUGUAGUAUUAUCCUGGGUUAUGCGGGUUUAAUUCUCGGCAUUUCGUGGCAUGGGGUUCGCAGAGACGGCAACGAAUGAUCCAGAUUUCCUUGCCCAAAAUAACAUGAAAGUUGGCUAUGAAAUUCAAGAAAUUCUUCCG